AUUAAAUCUGGCAUUCACACCAUUAUUUAUGUUAGUUUUGAUAUGUAAUUAAAUAUAUUUAUACUAUAGACUUUAUGAAAAAGAAAAGCAGGAGAUAUUUUUAUUAUAUUUUUCAUUCUCUGCAAUAUAGUUAUCUAGAGCCACUUUUCGUGUUUCAAAAUAUUCGUUCAUUUGACUAAAAUGCAGGAUAUUAACACUCCUGUGCCUUCUUCACUGGGCGUACCUGCCGUGCGUUUCGAUGUAAAUAAAGAAUUUCAAAAUCGCAGUUUGUAUCAUGAUCGUGAUAGUUCCAUUGCAAGACUUCAACGUAAACCAUGGAUACGUUCGAGUAAUGAAAGGCGAUCAAAUCGGGAAGCACUUACUACUUUACUAUCAUCUCAUGGUGAUAACUCCAAUGAUUGUAUAGAGAGGUUGUUGGCUGAAGAAAUAUCAUAUCGGGAUUUGGCAUCUCUCUCAAGCUCCGAUUUGGAAUUGAUGGGUUUCAAAGACUGCAAAGAACGACAGGAGCUAAUAACAUUUUUUUCAGAGUUACCAAACCAGGAUCCAACGUAUAAAGAAAUAUGUGAAUUGCCUGAAGCAAAGACAUAUAAUUGCGAGAUUUUGGGGAAGGCUAUUGACCAUUUGGACAACAUGCGUUCAGCUCUAUCCGCGAUCAACUAUAAAUUGAAGAUUUUGCCUCCGGAUGACAUAAUCGUAGGAGAAAAAAGUUUUGCGAGUCGUUUUGUGCUGGAAUCACUAGCAGAGUUAAAGGCCCUAACUUUCGAAAUUGAUAAAGAGAUUGACGACUUAACUAAGGUUCAACUGGACAAAAGUUCUAGGCAGUUAACCGACAUUAAAAUUAAAAAACGUGCAUACAGUUCUUUUGGUAUUUGGGCAUUCAUCUACACAAUGGCAGCGGCCGGAGUCUUUGCCUCAUUUUACAUUCCGAAAUUAAUCAGAAAUUAAAGAACCAUAAUUUUUACAUUAUGUACAGACUAAAUAAUAUAUUUCAUGAAUUUCCAAAUUGA